AUGGCUUUAGCAAACUACACAGCCAAACCUGCUAUGGCAGUGGAGGACUUGCUUCUCCUACUGGACAAUUCAACUUACAAUUUAACAAACACCACGGUGGCGGUACCUCACUACCCAUCAGGUUACGGUCUUCCGCAGAUCGUGGUGGCCUCGAUAAUAGUUACCAUAGUGAUGAUAGUCGUGGUUGUUGGCAACAUGCUGGUCAUCAUAGCCAUCACGACGGAGAAGGCUCUGAAAAACAUACAAAACUGGUUCAUCGCCUCCCUAGCCGUGGCCGAUUUCUUCCUAGGUCUCGUGAUAAUGCCCUUCUCUCUGGCCAACGAGUUAAUGGGCUACUGGAUCUUCGGCCCGUGGUGGUGCGACAUCCACAGUGCCAUGGAUGUUCUGCUAUCCACUGCCUCGAUCAUGAACUUGUGUUUAAUAUCGUUGGACAGGUAUUGGAGCAUCACCCAAGCGGUGGAGUACCUGAAAAAGAGGACUCCUGUUAGAGCUAUUGUUAUGAUCGCUGCGGUUUGGAUUCUGUCAGCGCUCAUCUGUAUACCACCGCUGCUCGGUUGGAAGGUGGAACAGAAACCAGACGAGCAGUACCCCAAAUGCCAGGUAAUAAAUUAG